GCGCGGCCGCCGGGAUUAUCGCUGCGGGCUUCACCGAGCGCUGCUUGCUUCCGAGAUUGGGGUCGAGAUGUCCUACAUCCCGGGCCAGCCGGUCACCGCCGUGGUGCAAAGAGUUGAAAUUCACAAGCUGCGUCAAGGUGAGAACUUAAUCCUGGGCUUCAGCAUUGGAGGUGGAAUUGACCAGGAUCCCUCCCAGAAUCCUUUCUCGGAAGACAAGACGGAUAAGGGUAUUUACGUCACACGGGUAUCCGAAGGAGGCCCUGCUGAAAUUGCUGGGCUGCAGAUAGGAGAUAAGAUCAUGCAGGUGAACGGCUGGGACAUGACCAUGGUCACGCACGACCAGGCGCGGAAGCGGCUCACCAAGCGCUCGGAGGAGGUGGUACGCCUGCUGGUGACGCGGCAGUCGCUGCAGAAGGCAGUGCAGCAGUCUAUGCUGUCCUAGCAGCCCGCUGGGCCCUGACGCUCGCCUGCGCCUCUCUGGACAGUGACCCACUUCCACGCUCUGCCUGCCCCUUGUCCUGGCUUCUGCUGAGUGCUGGGCCCAGCGACCUGACCCAGCCUUCCUACCCCUCUCCUACCACUGGCCUGAGGCUCUGGGACCAGCUCUCUCCCUUGGACAUUGCUGAUUGGAAAUGGGCCUGGAGCUGAGUCACAGUCAGUCUAGUGACCACAGGCCCAGCCCCCAGAACCUGCUGCCUGGCCUCAGCAGUGCCCAGGCGAGCAGGGGCCCCACUUCCUGAGAGCUGCCACAAAGCUGGAAAAUGCCAGGUGGGGUGGCCUUUCCCACACUUUGCCCUGGCUGCAGGGCUUGGCCCUGCCCCGUGUCUCAGCUCUGCAGUGCCUGUGCCUGUGUACUUCCCUGCACUGCCCCGCGGGGACUUGACACCCUGCCAGAGGCACUGCAGAGGUUCGCCCGGAUGGAAGCCAGGCAGGCUCACAAUUCACUGGCUCGCACCCCCAUUCCCCCGAGGGGUGCUCGCCUCCCCAGGGUUCAUUUGCUUACAGGAUUUAGAUGAGGUUCGAGGCCGACAUUUCAGGGCAGUUCUCAGGAUUGCCAUUUUCCUCUAUGCCUGUGGGUUUAACUUUUAUAUUUUUUUAAUCACAACUUUGAUACAAAGCGUUUUUAUCUUACUAUUUGGAUAUCCCAAUUCUACUUCUGAAUUUAGCUCACUAAUUCACAUCUGGGAACGACUCUUAGCAAGUGAACAAGCCUUACUUUGGUUACUGUGGAAAACGGGCAGUGUGAGGCUGCCCCACACCCGACAUCUUGUGCCCAAUAAACAGUGCUGGA